AUGGUAGCUGGAGCUGAGGCUCCAGAAGGCAGCAGCAGCGGCAACCCCUGGCUGCCGCUGCAGCAGCAAGAGCAGCAGCAGUCAACGGAGCAGCAGCAGCCAGCAACACAACAGCAGCAGGAGCAGCAGGAUCUGCCUGCACAGCAGCCCCAAAGUCCCCCAGGAACACCGCAUCAGCAGGAGCAGGAGCAUCAGCAGCAGCAGCAGCAGCAUCAGGAGCAACAGCAGCAGCGGCAACAGCAGCAGCAACAGCCGCAGCAGCGACAGCAGCAGCAGCAGCACGAAGGAGUGAGCCGCAGCAGUAGCAAUACCAUAGACUACCCAAUCCGCUUUCCUUCUGACCAGAGUUCAAUCGCCGCCUCCCCCCGCGGCUCUAGAGAAGGAAGAACUGUCUGGGAGCUGCUGCAGCAGCAGCACCAGCAGCAGCAACAGCAGCAGCACCAGCAGCAGCAGCAGCACGGCCGCCAAGCCGAGCAGCAGAAAAUUACAGCAGCGGCAGCAGCAGCAGCAGCUUCUGAUUCCGAACAUCAGCCCCUUCCUCCUAUUCCUUCCUUUCCUUCUUCACCGCGCCAACAAAACUCUGCAGCCGCACAGAAGCAGCAGCAGCAACAGCAACAGCAACAGCAGCAGCAGUUGCUGCUGCAACGCGAAGCGGAAGAGCAGAAGGAGCAGCAGCAGCAGCAGCAGCAGCAGCCAUGGGCGAGCAGCCCCUUUGUUGAGGCCUAUCCCUCGCCUGUGUCGGAUGCUCAUAGAGUCACAACAGCAAGAGAAGGACACCCACAGCAGCAGCAGCAGCAGCAGCAGCAGCAGCAGCGGGAGGAGGAGGAGGAGGAGCAGCAGCAGCAGCACCAGCAGCAGCUGGUGGUGCAGGGUGAGGCGCCCGUCUCCUCGGGCGAUGAGGCAGCAGACAAGAAGGAGCAGCAGCAGCCGUCCUCAACAGCAAAUAGCAGCAGCGAGAGUAGCAGCAACAGCAACAGUAGUAGCAACAGCAGCAGGAGAAACAGCAGCAGCAGCAGCAGCAGCUGCAGCAGCAGCAACAGCAGCAGCGGGGAAGUAGAGAGGCCAAGCCCCCACUCCGCCCCCCACCCCGUCCUUCUAUCGUUUACAUUUCCUCGCAGUGACAGUGAACAGCAGCAGCAGCAGCAGCGACAGCAGCAGCAGCAGCAGCAACAGCGUCAGCGGCAGCGUCGUAGCCCUUUCUGGGCCCCUUCUGCAGCAGCAGCAGCAGCAGCGGCUGCUGCUCCUGCUGCUGCUGCUGCUGAAUUCCCCCAUCGGCAGCGCUCUACCAGUUUAGAGGCCCCCAGUAGACAUACCUGGCGGAACCCCCGACAGCAGCAGCACAAGCUGCAGCAGCAGCAGCAGCAGCAGCAGCAGCAAAAACUGCAGCAGCAGCAGCAGCAGCAGGUGUGGAAACGAUGGCAGCCGCCACCGCCUCCAGCUGUGCCCUUUCCCGGCAGCAGCUGCACGCUUGCUGCUUCUCCUUGGAGCAGCAGCAGCAGCAGCAGCAGCAGCAGCAUCAGAAGCAGCAGCAACAGCAGCAACAGUAGCAACAGCAAAAACAGCAGCAGAAGCGCAGCAGUGCUGCAGCAGGGGACGGAAGCGUUUGCUGCUUCGGCGGCGGUGCCACCUAGGAGAGAAAAAGCACCGGAAGCAGCAGCAGCAGCAGCAGCAGCAGCAGCAAGUACAGUAGAUAGGGAAGGCGUGCAGCAACGCCAGCAGCAGCAGCAGCAACAGCAACAGCAGCAACAGCAGCAGCGGGAGCAGCAGGAAGAUGACACGUCACCAUCUGCAGCAGCGAAAGCAGGAGCAGGGAAAGCUUCACACCGCAGCAGCGGAAGCAGUUUGCUGCUGAACAGCGAAGCGUUUGCUGCUGCUGCUGCUGCUGAUGAUGAUGAGAAUGAUGUUUGUGAUGCUGCUGCUGCCGAUGCUGCUGCUGCUGCUGCUGCAACAUCUGUGGAGGGGGGAGAGAGAGAGACAGAGACGAAUGCCCCCCCCCAACACAGCGAAGCGUCAGAGUCUGCAUCUGCUGCUGAUGUGUCGGUGCAUAAGCACGUGAAGUGCAGCAGCAGCAGCAGCAGCAGUAGUAGCAGCAGCAGCAGCAGCAGCAGCAGCAGCAACAGCAGCAGAAACAGCAUGGAUGCACACGCUUCGGAUGUUAAUUGGAGAAUGUGCGAUGACUCUGCAGCAGCAGCAGCAACAGCAGCAACAGCAGCAACAGCAGCAGCGAAGGGAGUCUCUGCUGCUGCUACUGCAAUGCAGGGUGGUGGUGCAGCGGCAGGCGCGAGGCAGCAACAGCAGCAGCAACAACAACAGCAGCAGCAGCAGGAGCAGCAUUCGUGGCGCUACAGCUUAGGAGCAGCCGAGACUGCAGCAAGCUCUGUCUGUACACCUGAGGCAGCAGCAGCAGCAGCAGCAAGAGUUGCGGUGUCUGCACAGCAACUGCUGCUGUCUGCAAGCCCCUCCCCUGUGGAUGCAUGCAAAUUCAGCUGCCGGGAGUUUUUGCUGCAGCACCCGCAGCAGCAAACAGCUGAAGCAGGUGCAGCAACAACAGCAGCAGAUGCUGCGCAGCUGCAACUUCUGCUGCAGCAGCUGGAGCAGCAGAUCCCGCCGGAGAAACUGCUGCCGCACCUGCUGCUGUGGUAUCGAGAGGCAAGCAGCAGCAGCAGGAACAGCAGGAGCAGCAGCAGCAACAGCAGCAGCAGCGGCAGCAACGGCAGCAGCGGCAGCAGCAAUUUGCUGCAGUUUGCGAAGACCCAAAGCGGAAGCCGGGACAGUGGAAAGCAGCCCGGAGCAGCAGCAGCAGCAGCAGCAGCAGCAGGAGCAGCAGCAGCAAAGAUUGCUGCUGCUGAGUUGCUGCUGCUGUCUGCCCGUCGCAGCGCGGAGAAGAUGUCUGCUGCUGCUGUCGAAGCAUCUAUCUUUUUCUGUCUUUCUUCUCUCUUUCCCUCACCCCAGUCAACAGAAGAAGAUGAAGAACUUUUUCAAUUCUUUGCUGCUGUGCUGCGCUGCAUCAGCAGCAGCAGCAGCAGCAUCAGCAGCAGCAGCAGCAGCAGCUGCAACAGCGGCAGCAACGGCAGCACAGGCAGCAGCAAAAGCGCCGCGGCAGCAGAUGCACCAGCUGCAGCAGCAACAGCAGCAACAGCAGCGGCAGACUCGGUGGCAUCCCUGUCACCCUCCGACGCAGCAGCAGCAGGAGCAACACCAGCAGCAGCAACAGCAACAGCAGCAGCAGCAGCAGCAGCAGCAGCAGAGAGAUGUAGAGCAUGCAUAGCAGGGUUUGAGUUGUAUUUGUCUCGGCAGCGAUUUCAUCUGCCGCUGCCGCUGCUGCCUCCUUCUUACCUUCGGUCGCAGCUGCUGCUGCUGUGGCGUUCAUCUGCUGCAGCAGCAGCAGCAGCAGCAGCAGCAGCAACAGCAGCAAAACCCCAAACGCGAAUCGCCUGUCUUUUCAACUGGCUUGCUGCACCAGACCUGCCCCCCUGGGAUAGGCCGUUGCUGCAGAGCCUUAUAGCUGAAUGUGCUGCUGCUUCUGGGCCUGCUGCUGUUGCUGCUGCUGCUGUUGCUGCUGCUCUCAACCAGCUGCAGCAGAGAAGAAGCUACUGCCCUCCUAGUGUAUUCUACAGCCUACAAGACCUGCAGCAAUCUGCUGCUGCAGCAGCUCUUCGGCAUGUGCUCCAACUUGCGGGAAUUUUGCCUCUGCUGCGUUUGUUCCGACGCUUCUUGCUGCAGCAGCAGCAGCAGCUGCUGCUGCUGCUGCUUUUGAGCUAUUCUAGACAACAGCAGCAGCAGCAACAGCAGCAGCAGCAGCAACAGCUGCAGCAGCAGCAGCAGAGGCAGCGGCCCCCGAGGUCUUGCUGGCUGUCUGAUGAUGCUGCGCUGUUUGCUGCAGGUUGCCUCUGA